GAUAAAGCUGUUUACUCGGGUAUUUGAACUUCACAAUCUUCGUAUAAGUAUUCUUGUGUCGGGUUUGGGUUUAGCAAGACUCACCGAUGAGUCGCGUUCUGUGCAGCCGCGUAUUAACUCUGAGAUUGGGCGUCCCGAUGGCUCGAAGCGUGUCCUACCUCAUCCAGGAUCCGAAGUACUCCUUCCUGAAGGAGCUGGGUCUACAGGAGAAGAAUGUAGGCGUGUUCAACGGCAAAUGGGAAGCUAACGGACAGACGAUCCAGUCGUACAGCCCAGCCAAUGGCAAAGUCAUAGCUGAAGUCCAGGGAGCGAGCCCUGCUGACUAUGAGGCAUGCGCGGCAGCGGCGCAGCAGGCCUGGCACGAGUGGGCGGAGCUGCCGGCGCCCGCGCGCGGGGAGAUCGUCCGACAGAUCGGUGACGCCUUGAGGGAGAAACUUGACCCGCUCGGAAAACUGGUCUCUUUGGAAAUGGGCAAGAUCCUCCCGGAAGCCAUCGGCGAGGUGGUGGAGUACAUCCACGUGUGUGACCUGGCGCUGGGUCUAUCCCGGACUCUUCCCGGGACCAUCUUCCCGUCCGAGCGCCCAGGGCAUGUGCUGAUGGAGAAGUGGAACCCGCUGGGGCUCGUCGGCAUCAUCACCGCUUUUAACUUCCCUGUUGCCGUGUUUGGGUGGAACAGCGCUAUUGCUAUGGUCUGCGGAGACGUGAGCGUAUGGAAGCCGUCAGAUACGACUCCUCUCACAGCGGUCGCAGUCACCAAGAUCGUGGAGAGCGUCCUUCAGAAGAACAACAUCCCCGGCGCCGUAGCCGCACUGUGCGUCGGAGGCCGGGACGUCGGACAGAAGAUUGUCCAGGACAAGAGGGCCAAGCUUGUGUCCUUCACUGGCAGCACAGCUGUUGGGCAACAGGUCGGAGUGGAGGUACAGAAGCGCUUCGGGCGCCACCUGCUGGAGCUGGGCGGCAACAACGCCAUCAUCGUGAACGAAGAUGCAAACUUGGAGCUGUUGCUCAACGCGGCGCUGUUCGCCUGCGCCGGCACCGCGGGACAACGCUGUACUACAACUAGGAGAUUGCUUAUACACAAGAAGGUAUACAGCGAAGUGGUAUCUCGCCUGAAGAAGUCGUUCGCGGGUGUGGUAAGCAAGAUCGGCGACCCUCUACUAGCGGAGACGUUGAUCGGGCCGCUGCACACGCCCGCCGCCGUUGAGGCUUAUAAGAAGACUGUAGCUGAAAUCAUCAAGCAGGGCGGCAAAAUCGAGUUCGGCGGCAAGGUGAUCGAGCGUGAAGGUUACUUCGUAGAGCCCACGAUCGUGACAGGGCUCCCGCACGACUCGCCGCUGGUGCAGACCGAGUGCUUCGCCCCCAUCGUGUACUGCAUCGAGAUCCCCGACCUCGAGACUGGCAUCAAGUACAACAACGAGGUCGACCAGGGCCUGUCUUCUAGUCUCUUCACUGAGAACUUAGGCAAUGUCUUCAAGUGGAUCGGUCCGCAUGGCUCGGACUGCGGUAUAGUGAACGUGAACAUCCCGACCAACGGCGCGGAGGUGGGCGGCGCGUUCGGCGGCGAGAAGGCGACGGGCGGCGGCCGCGAGUGCGGCUCCGACAGCUGGAAGCUGUACAUGCGACGCUCCACGGUCACUAUCAACUACUCCGGGGCCAUCAAGCUCGCGCAGAACAUCAAGUUUGGAGACGAAUAGGUUAAAAAAACAUUGAUUGUUUAAGCCAUUAUUAAUUUAUCUUAAGAGCAGUUUUCACUAACAUAGUUGGCUCGACCAUUAUAGACGGCGACACGGCCUAUCAUGUUAGUCUAACAGAAACCUCAGUGAGGUGUGGUUGCGUAGCUCAUCUUACGAUGGAUGUACCUCUGACUACCCCAAUUGGGAUACAGUCGUGAGCUUUUGUUAUGUUUAAACCAGAAAUGUCGUAAGCUUGAUGCACACAGAACCGGAACAACGUAACAUGUGGGCCUGUAUGGGAUAUUGUUUGCGGUAUCAUACAAAAUCUCGCGCCCGAUUCGCUUUCCUGGUUGUAUGCAUCAAGCAUUAUUUUCCACAUAGUCUGUGCUAUGCUCAGAUUUUUCGACAAGUACUAAUUGCUGUCUGAGGGAAAGUUACAAUAAAGGCCUGCGUAGACGAUGGGGCGGAACGUUUUUUUGUUUUUUGACCGCGAUACAAUAGAUCGGGUACCCAGCGGGCAUAGGCGGCGCGGUCAUUUUGACCGCCGCGUGCUUUGGUAGUAUACGAUUCCCUUUGCCCGCACUAUCUGCUCAGACCCUUAGUCAAAAUAAAAUUAAAGAAUGUUUGCCAAGAUCAACAACCCAAUUAUGUAAAUCAUAGAUUAUACAAUUAUCAUGCUUUGGUAUGACUAUGUGUGUCAUAAUUUUAUUUGGUACGCACCGAAGACUGAUUGUUUUGUUAUAAAUAAAUAAAAAUAUUUUAUACAUAUCAAA